AUGGAAGCUGGAGAAACAAUGGUUGAAGUAACUCGUCCUAUGACAACGGCACAAGUAGCUGGUGACAAUCAUGAAGGAAUCAAACAAUAUUACGUUCAGAAGAUUGAAGAAUUACAGUUAAUGGUGACUGAAAAAAGUCAAAAUUUACGCCGUUUACAAGCAAAACGAAAUGAAUUGAAUGCAAAAGUUCGUAUGCUAAGAGAAGAAUUACAAUUAUUACAAGAACAAGGCUCACUAGUUGGUGAAGUUGUCAAAUCUAUGGAUAAAAAGAAAGUUCUUGUUAAAGUACAUCCUGAAGGAAAAUUUAUUGUUGAUAUAGAUAAAAAUAUCGAUAUGGCCAAAGUUACACCAAGUUGUCGUGUUGCUUUAAAAAAUGAUAGUUAUACGUUACACAAAAUACUUCCUAACAAGGUUGAUCCACUAGUCUCGUUAAUGAUGGUCGAAAAAGUUCCAGAUUCAACAUAUGAAAUGGUUGGUGGUCUGGAUAAACAAAUAAAAGAGAUCAAAGAAGUUAUUGAAUUACCUGUUAAACAUCCCGAAUUAUUUGAUGCACUUGGAAUUGGACAACCAAAAGGCGUACUGUUAUAUGGACCACCUGGCACUGGGAAAACAUUAUUGGCACGAGCUGUUGCUCAUCACACAGAAUGUACAUUUAUUCGUGUUUCGGGCUCUGAAUUAGUACAAAAAUUCAUUGGUGAAGGUUCUCGAAUGGUGCGCGAACUUUUUGUUAUGGCACGUGAACAUGCACCAUCAAUUAUAUUUAUGGAUGAAAUUGAUUCAAUUGGUUCUACGCGUGUUGAAGGAAGCUCUGGAGGUGAUAGCGAAGUACAACGAACAAUGUUAGAAUUAUUGAAUCAAUUGGAUGGAUUUGAGCCAAAGCAAAACAUCAAAGUUAUAAUGGCCACGAAUCGAAUUGAUAUUUUGGAUCCAGCUUUAUUACGUCCUGGUCGAAUUGAUCGUAAAAUUGAAUUUCCAGCACCAAGUGAAGAAGCACGUUUAGAUAUAUUGAAAAUUCACUCAAGAAAAAUGAAUUUAACACGUGGAAUUAAUUUACGCAAAAUAGCCGAAAUGAUGCCGGGUGCUUCAGGUGCUGAAGUGAAAGGUGUUUGCACCGAAGCUGGAAUGUACGCCUUACGUGAACGUCGUGUACACGUUACACAAGAGGACUUUGAACUUGCUGUUGCAAAGGUUAUGCAAAAGGAUUCGGAGAAAAAUGUUUCACUAAAAAAAUUAUGGAAAUAA